AUGGCGCAGAAUAACAACGAUGGACACAACCACCGCCAAGCGCAGGAUUGUACCGCACCACCACAUUCACCACAACCCAGCCAAGAUGAGAUUUUACCUCCUCUGCCGGGCUCCAUGUUUCUCUCGCCACUCGAUAUCUUUCUUCUCUCUCAACUCGACGAUCCUUCUUCCUCUUCAACAAACCACAUCAGCAAUAAUCCGGAGGAUCACCCGGAUUUUAUUGGACCGAGAAAUUCGGUCUAUCCUCCACUUGAACCUUUUGAACCGUACCCUCCCCAACAUCAUCAGCCCGAGUCUUUUGACUUGGGCAAUUUCCCCGAUCCUCAACUUGGAUCGCCUGGAAUGACAGGCACCAUGGAGGAGAAUGACCCUGAAGUAGGUGCCCGUCUCAACCCACAUCAUAGCAAUAUCACUGACGGAGAUCAGGUGCAGGUCGAAACAGACUCGGGCGAUACCGAGAUGGUGGACGCCACCUCGGCUGGUGACGUUGCCGAUGGCAACGGCAACGACGCCGAAGAGGUGGUGCCAACCAUUCUCGUUGGAAAGGACGGCCCGAACGUCACCAUUUGGUCGACGUUCACCGGUGGCCAGGUGACAGGGUUUGGCCGGUACGAGCACGGGCUGCGGAGGCCCUGGAGCUGCCUCAUGUGCGACAACUUUGUCGCCAUGGAGAAAGGCAAGCUCCAGGCCCAUCUCCGCGAGCGCCACGGCUUGACCGGCCUAAGGGUCAUGAAAGUUGAGAAUGAAAAUUUCUCAAACUUUCAGGGCCACGACGACCAGGAUUGCUUCGUGUGGGGGGAGUACGUGAGAGGCGACCCUCUCCCGUGGAAGUGCCUUUUGUGCACAGACCACAAGGGCAUCAAGUCCGGGAAAGGGGCGUUCCCACGUCACUUCCAAAAGACCCACGGCAUCCGGGUCGUCUUACCGCCAGUCACCCCCGAGGAGUUGAGACGGCACAACGACAAGAGGGCCGCUGCCGCUGCCGCUGCCAGCCCGUAA